AUGGAGCUUCAUCGCUGCCGUUUUGUCCCUUACAACCCCCAGGCUAUUAACGCCCUCGAGUUUUCGCACCCCCCAUCCUCCAAAGCCGCCGGCCAAGGCGCGCAAACUCUUCGUCUCGCCGUCGGUCGCGCAAACGGCGACAUCGAGAUCUGGAACCCGUUGCGCGGUGCCUGGUUUCAGGAAUCGAUUAUUCGUGGCGGUAAAGGGCGGAGUAUUGAGGGGCUUGCCUGGACGCUCGAUCCGUCUGGAGAUUCGCCUGAUGGGAUGAGAACAGCGGGUCGUUUGCGGCUGUUUAGUAUUGGAUAUACGAAUACGGUGACGGAGUGGGAUUUGGAAAAAGGGAAACCCGCGCGGCAUUCGAGUGGGAGUUAUGGAGAGAUUUGGUGUCUAACAGCGCAACCGAGAUGGACUCCUUCAGCUGAGAAAGGUGCUGUUGCUGCUACUCCCGCGGAAGGCGAAUAUACAGGUCAACAUCUGGCGAUUGGAUGCGCGGAUGGAUCGAUUGUGAUUUUGUCUACGGCCGAGAAUGAUUUGAGAUUUGUGCGUCGUUUAAAUGCGUCUGUUACGAAGAAUGUGCGCGUGCUCAGUAUCACGUUCCAAAGCCGACACGUGCUCGCCGCCGGGUAUGCGGAUAGUUCGAUUCGACUGUUUGAUAUUCGGAAUGGACGUCUUUUGCGGACGGUGUCGCUCGGUCGAGGACCCAUCGGAGGACCCAAGGAUAUUCUGGUCUGGAGUGUAAAAUCUCUGCCCGAUGGUACAUUGGUCUCUGGAGAUUCGACAGGCGAAAUCCGAUUCUGGGACCCGAAGAAUUACUCGCUUGUGCAGAGAAUACGGGGCCACCAAGCCGAUGUGCUGGAUGUCGCUGUUAGUAUCGACGGGGAAACGGUCGUUAGUGGUGGAGCAGAUCGACGGACAGUGCUGUAUCGAUUGAAACCGGGCAAGAAGAACGAUAAAUCGCGCCGAUGGGCGGAGGUUAUGCACCGGCGAUAUCAUACGCAUGAUGUCAAGAAGUUUGCUGUUUAUGAGUCGAAGGAUAUGAGUAUUGCGGUUUCCGGAGGACCCGAUGCAUCCCUCGUCGUCUUGCCUCUUCGCGAAUCCGGAAAAGAGCAUCACAGGACACUUUCCAGUCUCCCGCAGAUCUGUCAACUUGCCUCCGGUUCGUCGUCUAGGCUCAUCAUGAGUUUCUGGGAGAGAGAAGUUAGGAUAUACAAAAUCGCGCCUGAAAGCGGAGCAGAUGCAGAGAGUCAGAGGAAUCAAUUAGUUGGCCGAGUGUUGAUUCCUGGCGACGAAAAUAUCACAUCAGCCGCUCUCUCGACCGAUGGUAGUCUUUUGGUGCUGUCUACAAUGACCACGAUCAGAAUGUUCACACUCGCUGAAAAUGAAGACGAAGAUGAAGAAAACACACUACAGGUUACAGACGUGAAACUUUCUCGUCCAAUCGCCGACAACGGAGCCCGUAAUGUCUCUCUGUCGCCGGAUCUUCAAUGGAUGUCAAUCAUUCGACCCGGUAACGAGGUAUAUCUGGCGAAACUGUCCGUUACAGAUACCGAUGCAGGCAAAGAUGUGCAGAUCAACCCUAAGCUUCUGCGUCUACAACGAUCAUCUGGUCGGAUGCAAACGUUACGUGGAAUCAACCAUGGCACACUUGGCGAGUACGACCGAACCAUUCGCACAGUCACGUUCAGCAGUGACAGCAAACUCUUCGCAGUCGGCGAUUUGGCAGGUUUUGUCGAUUCUUGGGCCCUCGAAGACGUCUCAGAUCAACCCACCAAGAAGAUAGCUAAUGGAAACACCUCAUCCGACGACGAGUCCUCUGAUGAUUACGACGACGAUGACAACGUCGAAAAGAUACUUGACGGCCAACGCUGGAAACUCCUCAGUGCAAUCCCCUGUCUCCACUCCGGCGUCAUUUUCAUGUCCUUCCGACCAUCCACAAACUCCACCACAGAAGACCGCCUACUCCUUCUCACAAGCAAACACCAAUUAACAGAAUACGAAGUACUUUCUGGCAAGUUUUCUGAGUGGUCUCAACGGAACCCCAAAUCGUGCCUGCCCGAGGAGUUUACUGGUCUCAAAGACCGCGCAAUUGGCGGUGUUUGUGAUAUGUUCCAGGGAAUGCCGAAAUUGUUGCUUUAUGGGCCAUCGUGGAUGUGGAUGUUUGACCUCACACAUGAUUUCCCGUCGCAGUCUGUUGAUGCUAACGAUAUCAAGAGAGACGCACCAGCGGGAGCAGCGGCCGGAGGAAUGUCAGAUGCGGCUUUGGCCAUUGAACUUGUGCAGGCAGCAAUGGGCAAACGGAAGCGUGAAAAUGACAACGACAACGAGCAUGAAGACGUGGACAGAGACGACCUCGACGCCAAUGGCGAUGAAAACGAGCACUGGCGUAGGAAAUACAACAGCGGAGCAGGAGAUCUGAUCCCCAAGUCCCAAGCAAUGGUGUCCAUGGGCACGAAAAUGCGCAAAAUCGCUGCAGACCGUAAACAGCAGUGGAUUGACGUUGAGAAACAUCGUCUCCAUCAAAACCAAGACGAUGAGGCGGAAGAUGGAGAUAGCCACCCGUUCCAUGUGAACGGAGAACCGGAUUUCGCGCGUCUUCGUCGCCAGAUCGCCAACGAACCUACCACCACCUCGACAGACACACCAAAGAAAUCGACAAAUGGCACAAUAUUCAACUCACCGGCUACGAACGGCGCCUCCUUCGCAGUCGUUAUAAACCAACAAAACCCUAAACAACAACUUGCGCAUCAAGCGGACUCAAAACCAACGACCAUAUUCUGGCACUCGUACAAAUUCAGAGAUAUCCUUGGUGUGUUACCGCUUGGCUCUGCUUCUCAUUUUGAUGUCGUUUCGUCAUCGUCAGCAGCGACAACUACACAGAAAAGCGUGGAGUUGGCGGUUAUUGAGAGGCCGAUGUGGGAUAUGGACUUGGGUGAGAGAUAUGUCAAGGAUUAUGAAUAG